AUGACCGAUCCUUAUCCCCAGCCACAGACAGCCCAGCUGCGCAUACGUGCGCCACUGGACUAUGGUACUUCCCAAUCCGAUCUCAGCGGCCGCUGGGACUACGUCAUCGUGUUUCCUAAUCCUCCCAAACGUGUAAUCGAGGUAAGCGAUGAGCGUGACACCAUCAUUAAGCGACUGCGCAAUGCCGGGCUGCAAUUACGGCUCUUUUAUUCUGUCGGCAAGGAGCUCGUGUUCUGCAAAAUUCGUGCGCCCGAAGAACUUAUGCGACGUGAGGCUGAGACUCUUCAAAUGCAUCUUCAGCUGGACCCAACAGAGCUGCGUCACGCGUCGUUUAAUGGCAUACCAGAGUACGGUAUUGCUCCCUUUCCAAUUCGAGAUGUGAAGCAAACGUACCGAUACUCCCCGUUUGACUACAUCUUCGCGCCAUACUUUCAAGCUCGAGACUUGCAGCAUUUUUACACUCGAAAAGGCCCCAAUGGCUCGCUUUUCUCCAACACAGACCGCAUUAGACUCAUCGAGCACAUCAUCACCAAUCAUCAGACAGGAGCUGGCCAAGAUAUUGAUCGGCUAAUGUACGAAGGUAUUAUUGUGGAUACCUAUCCAUUGCAUGAGGAAGAGGAGAAGAUGGACUUGAAGGAACACUGGAUUGUAUGGAACACGUCUCCCAUGAACCAGCCAUUUGAUCGCAUCUGCCAAUAUUUUGGCGUUAAGGUGGCACUCUACUUCUUGUAUUUGGGACACUAUACUAAGUGGCUUCUCUACCCAACGAUCGUAGGAAUUUUGACAGGGGUAGUCAGCUACUCCAUUCCUCACGACAACUACAAUACUGUGUUCGCUUACGUUUCGCCCCUGUUUGGAGCUUUUAUGACGAUCUGGAUGACCGUUUAUCUCGAAAACUGGAAGCGGCUAAGCUCGCGCGAGACACUGCGAUGGGGCACUGCUCAUUUUUCAGAGACAGUGAAUCUUCGUCCACAGUUUUACGGUGAACGCAUCCCAUCGCCUAUUAACGGCAAGUCCACGCGAUAUUUUUCACCACGUGAAAAGUUUAAGAGAGUGGCUUACAGUUGGGUCGUCAUUUCGUUUCUGAUACUGAUUGUGUUUGUGCUCGUAUCAUCAAUUUUCAUGCUGACAUACGAUCUCACAAAAGGUGACGAUUCAAACAAGCUUGUGCUAGACAACUUCAAGUACGGCUCAAUUCUGUCUUCAUUAGCAAAUGUUGUUCAGAUCACUAUUAUGACAAAAAUUUACAACUACGUGUCUAUCAUGCUUGUGGACCAAGAAAAUCACCGUACGGAUAUGGAAUAUGAAAAUAGUCUCAUCGUUAAGACUGUGAUAUUCCAAUUUGUCAACAACUAUGCAGGUUUGUUUUACGUGGCAUUUUUGAAGGAAGGCUUUGAAGGCUGUGACGUGAGUUGCAUGCACGAGCUCGAGUACAUGCUUGCAAUUGUCUUUUGCUCUCGACUCUUUGUAGGCAACAUCACUGAAGUGGCGAUCCCGCGCUUUUUUGUGUACCUGAGCAAAUAUCGCUUAUUGGGUCAUCUAGAUGAAUAUAAUAAAUCCGAUGCUGAACGCGAGCUUUUUAUGGCGCAAUAUGACUGGCAAGGUACUUUCGAUGACUACACUGAGAUGGCACUUCAAUUUGGCUUUACGACAAUGUUUGUGGUGGCUUUCCCUUUCGCACCUCUGCUUUCAUAUGUAAACAACUAUUUUGAAAUUCGACUCGACGCUUACCGUUUAAUUUAUGAGUCACGUCGUCCUCGUCCACGCAACGUUCGCAGCAUGGGAUAUUGGUAUUUGGUCGUGCAGGCAUUUGCGGCUAUCUCGGUUUGCACUAAUGGUGCUGUUGUCAUUUUUACCGGGGAUUAUUUUAAUCAUCUCGAGGAAGCUACACGCGUAUGGAUGUUUUCAAUUUUCAUUGGCAGCAUGUUUCUAUUUAAAUAUUUCCUGGAGGUUUACAUUGACGACGUUCCUGAAGAUGUUGUCGCACAAAAGUAUCGGCAGGAGUUUCUGGUAAGUAAGUGUUUAUACCAUAUGCCCGACGACGAUGUGAACUGGUCCAUGAGCGCAUGUACUGAAGAUCCAGAGACAAUGCUUACCAUCGAUGACGAAGAUUUGUCGUGA